AGAGACAGAUCGACAGAAGGAGAAGCGAAAGAGACGAGGGAAGGGGGAGCGCAAAAGAGGCUGCAGCAGCUGCAAGGUUCAGAGAGAGGGAGCACAGUAGAAGUCAGAGCUGGGAGAGAAAAGAAAGAAAGGCAAUGGAAAGCAAGAGUGCAACCUCUUUUUCUUCCAAAGCCCCCCUGCUAUGUCUCCCGUUUGCACUCUUACAAAUUGCAUAAAACUGCAAAAAAGAGAACGAGUGGUGGAGAAAAAAGACGAAAAAGAAAAAAAAAUCUGCAGUGCUCGGCUGGUGUUUGAAAUCAUAUGUAAAUAAGGCACAUUGAUAAUGAAGCGCCAGAGGAGGAAAUUCCACUAAUUACCUUACAGAGACUUGACAGGGAGCAGGAGGCGAAUGUACUUGACGCACUGUUUUUCAUGAAAAGGACAGAAAAGAGAGAGGAAAAGAUCUGAUGGCAAGACGACAGGUUUCCAUUUAAAGUCAAUUUCUGCAGAUCUACAAAAGGUGCCCAGCUUUAAGACUUUGUCACAGGAAAUGGAGUCACUGAAGAGACACCUCUCUGAGAUUGACUCGCCAACUGUCCUCUGCCACAACGACCUCCUGACAAAGAACAUCAUCUACAACGAAAAAGAGGGAAUGGUGAAAUUCAUUGACUACGAGUAUGCCGAUUAUAACUACCAGGCCUUCGAUAUCGGCAAUCACUUCAACGAAUUUGCCGGUGUGAAUGAUGUUAACUACGACCUCUACCCGAGCUGGGAGCUGCAGAGGGACUGGCUGACGGCCUAUCUGGAGAGUUACAAGCACAGCACUGGACGUGAGGUCACAGUCACGGAGGCAGAAGUUACGCAGCUCUACAUUCAAGUCUGCAAAUUCUCUCUUGCAUCCAGCUUCCUCUGGGGUCUUUGGGCCAUCCUGCAAUCACGUUUCUCCUCGAUUGACUUUGACUUCCAAAGAUAUGCCACUGCACGACUGAACUUCUAUUUUGAGAAAAAAGAGGAAUACUUUGGACUGGCAGUGAACUAAUUAAUCCCUCUACUUUUGCAGAACAAUUAUGUGUUUCUUGUGUCAAACAGUGCUGUGGACCAUAUGUCAGAUGGUGGAAAUGGAAAAGCAUAGAAUAACCUUAUAAAAGUGCUCCCCAUAGUUUGUUAUUUCAGGCUGUAUAG